AUACCUGUUUCCUAUGACAUAACCAUGGGCGUCCUUGGGGCCGUCCAAACUAUCCUUGUUGAUACCAUCCUGCUCUUUCGCAUUUGUUCCGUUUAUCCGCCAAGAUACCUCACAUGGCAACGCUUUGUGAUGUUGGUUUCACUGCCUGUUCUACUCAAAGUUGCCCGUGUUAUCAAUUUAGCUGUCUUUUAUCGCAGCCUUGGCAGCCCAGUGGGCAGCAGCUCCAUAUCUCAAGAUUGA